AUGGCUAGGCAAAAAGAAGUCGAACCAGGUAAGGCACUCAUUCGCCAGCAACCAUGUACUGAAUAUCAACAAGCAGAUUUCAAUAGUCAAAUCAUUGAAGAACAUGCCUUAAGUAGGGCUUUACUGCGUUCACGCUCUGCCUUGCUCUGGAAGGCUCUCUUCUUGACGUACAAUUUGAGGUUGACUGUGCCCAGCAAUUCGUUGAAAAAAGUAUGCCACAAGUUCAUUCCCAGGGUUCGCUCUGAUAUGUCUUGA